AUGACGCCUAGUUGUGCUGGCAGCAGCAAACGCAAACGCGAUUCAGUCUCUGCUUCAGAUAAACCAUGUCAGCGACCAGUAAAGCGGAAGAACAGCAAGCGCGGGUCAUUGGAACGUCUUGUGGAGAUGCCACUCGACGUGUUGUAUGAGAAUGGCUCAGCGAGCCGCAAUGGGUCGAUCUUGCAUUUGGAAAGCACUGCCAGGUUCUCCUCCUCUGAUGACCUCGUCGCUGCUGUUGAAAGUGAACCACAUCUCAAAGCUUUCGUCCCAAAGAUCUAUCCCUCGUCGGGCUCCACGCAUACGCGCAAUGUUCGCUACUACCACAUCAAGGCAUGGAACAGGUUGUACAACCAGUAUCGUGCAAUCCCGCUUUCAGAUUCCGCCGCACGAAAAAGAUGGAUAGAAGAGCAGAAACAGGAUGUAGAGAGGAGAGUGGAGCAUGCAAAGCAGUGCGACGAGUGGCGGUUGAUGCAAUUGGAAGCGCGAGCUGCUCGCGCCGAAGCUGAAAAGAACGAGCGGAAAGAAUGGAUUUUCCAGAAGCUGAUCUCGCACGGGUAUGCUGCCGAGGUCGAAGUGUGGCGUAAAACAAAACGUAUCUGGUGGCACGCGGUUUUCGAUCAGCUUUUGGCGAAGAAGAACCUUACGGACAGAGUAUGGAGCAACGCCGAAAAGGAUGCCCUGGCGACAGCGGAGUAUCUACGAUGGCAGUGGCUCGAAGACAUGCACCCCGACAAGCUGGCAUCCCGGUAUGCAAAGGUGAUGGAUUUUCACGAACGAUUCGUCAAAAGCCUCCCCAUCAACGCCAUUGUCCUGCCCGUGGGCGACCUGUUUAUCUCGAAGGAAAUGUCAGCCGCGAUGGAGAGUGUUCCUUACCACCAGGAAUUUUCACACAUGUUCCUUGAACCGCUCUUUGCCCAACUCCCAGAUAUCAACGCCCGUUGGCAGGCCAAGACGAGGGAAAGCUUGUUCAAGAUGAUGGAACGUCACGUCAAGGACAUCAUACCUCCCGGCCUACCUAUGGAGAAAACUUUGGACCUUGCCAUUGCUGUAUUUCAAUGCAAUCGUUGCAAUAUGCGGCUUUAUCCCAUCCAAGCCAUGGUCCAUGGCUGCGCGUCUGACGGCGAAGGGGAAAUUACAAACUCUACAGGGUCGGCUAUCAUCAGCUUCGCCAAACACACCGGAGAAUUGCCUUGGAACAAGAUGAAGGAUUUUACUCGCGAGCGUCGCAUUACCUUCGAUCACGAAGCUUCAAAGCGUGCUGUCGCGUUUCUGGAGAAAUUCGGAUACGACCCUAAGACGACUACCUACCAGGAGCUCGAGUCUCUCGAUGAUAUUUGGGAGUGUAAAGCAUGCUCGAAUCCUUAUGAGGGUCGGCUUAUGAUGACCUGGAGGCAUACGUUCUGUCACCGAAAUUGCAAAGAGCCUUUACUUGAGAAGGUAGACCCAGAAACCGCCGAAAAGGUUAGAGAACGCAUGGAUGAGAAGAUGCGGUCAAGGGACAGUGGCCGUUAUGGAUCUGGUCUAAUCUGCAAACACUGUCGGUUCGUUGAUGAUGGGAAGUACAUGAGGAAGCACUUUCGUUUACAACAUAGUAAUUUGAAUCCUUCAGACGAGGAUGUCGUUCCGGCUUUGGACUUUCAGGGACGCCUGCCGUAUCGCUACUGGAACUUUGGGCCGACGAAGUAUUUUUGA